AAGCCCUGACGUCGCCUGUCUCGGCGGAAACUCCGGAGGCGAGGCAGAUGCGGUUGGAGACGGAGGCCGCCCUGGAAUGGGGCGGCGUGUGCGCGCGGCUGGCCGAGUUCACCUCCACCGCGCGGGGCGCGCUGCGUGUGGAGAGGGGCGGGUGCCCGUCGGGUGGAGCCGGGAGGAGAGCGAGCGGCUGCUGGAACAGACGGCGGCGGCGGUGACGCUGUCGGCUCCGCUAGAUUUCGGUGGCGUGGAGGACGUGUCUGCGGUCAUCGCCGCAGCGGCUGGUGGUCGGCUGCUUGCGGUGAGGGAGAUAUGUGGAGUUGGGCGCAGCAUCCGUGCUGCACGCGGGGUGUUCGACCAAUUGAAGAGGCUCUCAGAGGAGACACCAGACGGGAGGAGCUACUCUCCUCUUCUGGAUAUAUUGAAAGAUUGUGACUUCUUGACAGAACUUGUGCAGAGGAUAGAAUUCUGCCUUGAUUCCACUCUUUCGGUGGUCCUUGAUCGGGCCAGCGAUGAACUAGCAACAAUCCGCAAGGAGAGGAGGAAGAAUAUUGAUAUGUUAGAAUCUCUAUUGAGAGAUACAUCCACAAAAAUCUUCCAGAGUGGCGGGAUUGAUAGCCCUGUUGUCACUAAGCGCCGCUCUAGGAUGUGUGUUGGUGUUAAAGCUUCACACAAGCAUCUGGUCCCUGGUGGGAUUGUUUUGAGUUCCAGUGGCUCUGGUGCAACAUAUUUUAUGGAGCCAAGGGAUGCCAUCAAGCUGAACAACAUGGAAGUAAAGCUCUCUGGUGAUGAAAGAGCUGAGGAAUUAGCAAUAUUGGGUCUACUUACUUCAAGAAUAGCUGACUCCGAAAUGAAGAUCAUGCAUUUGAUGGGGAAAAUAUUGGAACUGGAUCUGGCUUGUGCCAGAGGUUCAUACGCUCUGUGGAUAAAUGGUGUGAGGCCAGAUUUUACUGACAGGGAUAGUGGUACUCGGCUGGAUCCAAACACUGAAUGUUCGAUUUUCAUUGAGGGCAUUCAGCACCCUUUACUUCUUGAACAGUCUCUUAGCAUGGUAAAAGAAUCAUCUGAAGCGGAGAAAGGACAGCUUUCUAAUGAACAUCAUGUCUCUCCAAUGCCUAUUCCAUUGGACAUGCAGGUGAGAAGUGAUACUAGAAUAGUUGUGAUCUCUGGACCUAAUACUGGAGGCAAAACUGCCACUAUGAAGACCUUGGGGUUGGCCUCUCUGAUGUCAAAGGCUGGAAUGUUCUUCCCAGCCAAAGGAAGGCCUAGGCUUCCAUGGUUCGAUCAAGUUCUUGCAGAUAUUGGUGACCACCAGUCGCUGGAGCAUAACCUCUCUACCUUCAGUGGGCACAUAUCACGGCUUCGCAAGAUUGUACAAGUUGUAUCAAAAGAUUCUCUGGUUCUUAUUGAUGAGAUUGGCAGUGGUACAGAUCCAUCAGAAGGUGUAGCCCUUUCAACAAGCAUCUUGAAGUAUCUUGCUAAUAAACUUAACCUCGCCAUUGUGACAACUCAUUAUGCUGAUCUAAGUCGUCUGAGAUCUGUCGACGAUCGAUUUGAGAAUGCUGCUAUGGAAUUUUGUUUGAAAACUCUACAACCAACAUAUCGGAUCUUAUGGGGCAGUACCGGUAAUUCAAAUGCACUCAGUAUUGCCAAGUCCAUUGGUUUUAAUCAGGAGGUGGUUGCUCGUGCACAAGAAUGGGUCGAGAAACUAUUGCCUGACAAACAAAAGGAACGCCAAGGUUUACUCUAUGGGUCUUUGCUAGAUGAAAGAAAACUACUGGAGUCUCAGGCAAAUGAAGCUGCAUCUGUUCUUUCAGAUGUUCAGAGACUGUACAAUGAGAUUCGCUCUGAAGCUGAUGAUCUGGAUAGUCGAGUAGCAGCUUUAAGGGCAACAGAGUCUGAAAAGGUGCAGCAAGAGUUAAAGUUUGUGAAGUCUCAGAUGGACCAAAUAAUCAAGAACUUAGAGGUUCAACUCAAGAACUCAGAACUUGAACAAUACAAUUCACUAAUGAGGAAAGCUGAAGCUGCCACUGCUUCAUUGGCUGCUGCUCAUCAGCCAACUGAUUUUACUUUCACUGAUGAAGAAAACGAGGGCUCAUAUGUUCCAGAUAUUGGAGACAAAGUGUACGUUGAGGGCCUGGGAGGAGGUAGUAUGGCUAGUGUUGUUGAGACACUUGGGGAGGAUGGUAGCUGUAUGGUUCAGUAUGGAAAAAUAAAGGUCCGUGUCAAAGGAAACAAGAUGAAGCUUGUCCAAAGAGGCACAAAGGACACGCCAGCUUCCUCUCCUGUAAAAGCAAAGGGGCGAACAUCUAAAAGAUCAUCAGUAGAGGCCAACCAAGAUGUCAAUGUCUCUUUUGGCCCAGUCGUGCAAACAUCCAAGAACACCGUAGAUCUUCGGGGAAUGAGAGUUGCUGAGGCAUCCCAUGAGCUUCAGAUGGCAAUUGACGGGUGCAGAUCCUACCAGGUCUUGUUUGUGGUUCAUGGCAUGGGCACUGGAGCUGUCAAGGAGUGUGCCCUUGAUAUACUGCGAAAGCAUCCUCGAGUAGCCAAGUUCGAAGACGAGAGCCCUCUCAACUACGGCUGCACCGUCGCCUACAUCGAAUAAGCACAUCAUCAUGAUAUGGCUAUAUGAAAAACUUACGACAAGAUCGUCUUAUCCACACUUGCAAGAUACUAGCUAGUAGAUUAUACAGCAUGGCAUGCCGCGUGAGAUAAUCGAAGCGAUGGUUGCCAUGUGACAACUGAUGUGGACAAGAUGGCCCAGGAACUAAUGGAGCUUGAAGCUGAUACAAUGCACAGUGGUCACAUUGAAGAUUUGCCCGUGAGUACGAAUUCUUGCAUGUGUUACCUUUGACUUUUUAAUCCAUAGCAGAUAGGAGUAUGCAUAGUUUUGUACCGGUGAAAAUAUUCACAAGUAGUACUUGAGACAGAUCCCCGUACAUAUAAACUAUAAAACUACACAUGCAUACAAUUUGUUCUGCAGUUGAAAACGAUUGUCCGGUUUGUCCAGAUCAUUGCAUUGUAACUGUAUUAUGGAAGGGAUCAGUUGUUAGAUGAGUCGCUCUUAAAUGAUGCUGUUGGGGUGGCUGCUGAUUGCCAGCCGGUGUGCAUGCGUUGGGAUCUGAUAAAUGGCCUUGGCAAAUGUGAAUCAGCACUGUGUCCUACAAAAUCGUAAAGGAAGGGGCUGGAUGCAAUG